CCACUUUUUUUUUUUUAUAGAUAUCUGAUAGUGACCCACUGCCUCAUGUAAUUUGUUUACGUUGUGCCGAACAAUUGGACAUGUUCUAUACUUUUAAAGAAACUGCACAGAAGUCCGAAGAUAUCUUACACCAGUUCCUUGCUUAUGCCGAACAAAUUUCUGGUUCUUCUUGCCAGGAGAAACUUGAAAAGUCUUCUACAAUGUUAGACAACGUCCUCAAAACGUCUAGUGAGCUUAUGAAGGGUAAUUUAACAGAACGAGUGGCUUUAAUGACAAACAUACUUAAUUCCACAAAUUCCAAAAACAUUUCCAUUUCGGUGAAAAAAGAGAUGGAAGAAGCAUCAAAGAUGGACGACUGCACAUUGACCAUCGUUACGAAAAAAGAACCGAAAACGUCCCAUCCGGAAUCGUCUCGUUCACCGCCACAGCAACAACAACCCCAACCGUCCGCAUACACAAACCACCACCAUAACAAUUCUCAGAAACGAAUCGUCUUCAACCUGACCGGCGAGAUGUCCAACAAUAAUAGUAAUAGUUCCUUUGAAUCCCCGGCAGAAGUCCCGUCACCUCCAUCAACGUCCUUGUCCGGGAUUCCACCCCUUUUGCCGUUCAACGACCCAUUACGUGGGGUUGCAUUCAACAGGGAACUGGAAGUGAAAAAGUGUCCACCGAUUGUUGUAGUCGAUGGCGACGAUGAUGAGGCUAGAAAUCCGUUGAAUUAUUCGAAUAAGGAGAAAGAAGGACUAACAACAAGGACGCGUUACUUCGGAAGAAGUCGAUGUCCUCCACCCAUCCUUCGUCCUUUUCGUCCAUAUACGACGAGUUCGUCACCUCCCAGUCCCUCGCUUGACAAUGAACCGGCCGAUUUAUCGAGUAAGAAACCCGAAAGGCUCACGUGUGUACCCGAAAUCGACUUUAUGAAGGAGGACAUGGAAGAUGACGCUUCGGAGGACAGCAAUAGUUCCGAUCCGGAACGGCUAGAAGUUGACAUGUCGCAGGAUUUGGAAGAGCAAUCCAAUUCUACGACAGCUAGCGCCACGUCUCCAGUAAAUGAUAAUGUAAAUGAAGAGGGAGAACUGUGGAAGGCCCUGUCCCAAAACGGCCAUUCUCAGGGUGCCCCGCCAUUAACAGGCGAGGCCAGUCAACUUUUACGAAAGUUGAUAACAUGCAGGAAGUUGGGAAUGAGCAUUACACCAACACCCAUCAUUACCCUACCCACAACCGGUGAUACGGACAAUAAUAGAACCAAUGUUAAUGCAUUUACUAUGGACACUGGCAUGUACAAUAAAGUAUCAGGUCGUCGAAAACAGUGUUUUCCAACGAAAGCGUCAGCUGUGGAGGAGUCGGGUGGCGAUGAGAACAGCGGGGGCGGUCGCGAGGGUGAAGUGGACGAUUACUUGCCUGAAAUAAACAUUAACAACUUCUCGAACCCUUGGUGUAACCUCCAGAUCGUUAAGACGAAGGGUGGAGCAAAUUUGGCGAGACGCGUGGAUCUUUCUUGUACCAAUUGUGGCACGCAGACGACGACGAUAUGGCGACGAAACGUCAAAGGGGAGAUGGUGUGCAAUGCCUGCGGUCUGUACUUCAAGUUGCACGGGGUCGAUCGGCCCCACACAAUGAGACGAGACACAAUACACACGAGGCGUAGGCGACCUAAAGCGUCGGAAAAUGAGAAGGAAUCAAAACAUAACCAUAGAGGUUCAAAGAAGGGUCACUACGCGAACGACGCCGAUAGUACAGAAGAAAUGCUUAAUGCGCUUCGUAGGCAUGUGCCCAUUGCUCCCAAAAAGUACAAUCAACCCCAGCAGCAGCAACAGCAAACACAACAGCAGAUGGUUGAAUCGUCAGAUACAGACGACAUGUUGACUGCUCUACGUAGACAGAUUCAGCCCCAUCUCGUUAUGGCGUUACAGGGUCACCAUUCUGCCAGCGGGACAACCAGCUAUUCAUCAUUACAAACGGCGGGCAAUUUUUCAUCUCCUUUCGCUCGUAAAGACGACCACCUCCACCCUCAACAGCAACAGCAGCAAACGCAGCACAUGCUGAAGGUGAUAAACGUACCAGAAACGGACGAUUCGGAUGACGACAGCAUAACAGACUUGCCAUUGAAUUUGGUCGCGACCCAGAUGGCCGAAACGACCGAAUCGCAUUAGCAAACCAUCGAGACGACGAUGACGACCACUACUACGAGGCCAAUCAAUAAAAACAAAGCGUUCGUCGUCUUCUUCAUCGUCUUCACUUAUCAUUUCCUUUACACAAUCACGUACACAUACGUAAGAAGGACGACUGCCGUUCAGGAAUUCCCCGGAAACAAAGAGAAUAAAAGAUAAAGGAAUGACAAUUCUCUUUGUACAGUUUGAAGAAAACGAUACGAGGUAUACGUAACAAUGUUGGGUAACCAGAGUCCAAGCACGCAGUAAGUCUGUAAUAUUUUUCUUUUGUAUCCAUUAAUGUCCUCCACACUUACGAUUAAUGUAUUUUUUUAAUCAUUUUUACUUUUGCUAUCGAAGCUUCUCUCGUGUUGAAAUGCAAGUUAACAAGUAUUUAUUGUUAUUUUCGAAUAGAAUAAGGAAAAGACAUUGAGGAGGAAUAAGAAUAAAAUUCCCAAUCAUAUUGUGACCAGAUAAGGCUUAAAAUACACUGUCCAACAGUUACUUCAGUGAUUAGUAUGAAAACAUACGUUUUAAUUUUAUGACAUUAAUCUCUCUGAAAACGCUAAAAAGUAUUAAAAUUAAAAUUUGUUUUAAAAUAUGUUCCAUACAACUUUCAGAAUUAAUACUAAUUUAAGUGUAAUCAUUUUUUAUCUUGUAGUUAUAAUAGUUUUGAAAAAACAGAAAUCUAACUAGUCGAAUGAGUAUUUAGGGCUCUUUACUUAAACUCAGAAAUAAAAAUUUGUAAGUAUCUGUAAUAACGAUUGUACAUAAAUUAUCUGUUUUUUAUGAGAGUAUAAUUUAAGUCCGCUUGUGUCACAAUAUUUAAAAGGUGAAUUUUAUUUCGUCCUUCUUCGUAAUAAUUGACUUUUCUAGCGGUGGUCAUCGAAGGACGCUCUCUGUACUUACUAUAUAUAUACAUAUGUUGUAUGUAAGGUUUGAACGUGUUGAAACGUUUUUUUCGUUUUAAUGUUUCUCUCUACAUCUUUCUCUCUCUUAAAAUGAUAAUUAUUAUUAUCGACUAACACGAAAAAUACUCAAUACUUAAUGAAAAGGAAAGAAAAAAUUCGAGUCGGCGAUUUGUCUGUCUCUCGCGGGACUCCCCCGCCGGUGAUAUUUUGAGCUAUACUUUUUCUCUUAUUAUGUAUCUCUUUUU